GCGGAGGGGAAGUGGGCUGAGUCUCUCUCUUUCUCCCUCUUUCUCUCUCAGUCUCAUUUGCGUCUACGAGUCUCAAAAGCUCUCUGGGAUAAAACCUAAUAUUUUAAAAACUCUCCGCUGUGGACAUUUUACUUCCUCUCCAGUUCCACAUCUCUGGCGUUUCCUUGGAGAUUUCCCGGGAGUUCUGGAGCGUCAUUUUGAACCGGAAGUCAGAUCGGUUUUGAGUUUUUUUCCCCGUUUUUUUACGCAAACCGGUUUAGUUAAUUAUCCAGAUUUUGAAUUUGGAGUUUUGUUUGGUGCGUUAAGUAAAUCUGAAGUAAAAUGAGCGACGCAAAUCAGCCGGAGAUUGAGCUGUUUGUGAAGGCCGGGAGUGAUGGACAAAGCAUUGGGAACUGUCCUUUCUCCCAGAGGCUCUUUAUGGUGUUGUGGCUGAAAGGAGUGACAUUUAACGUGACCACUGUCGACAUGAAGAGGAAGCCAGACAUCCUGAAGGACCUGGCUCCAGGGGCCCAGCCCCCCUUCCUGCUGUAUGGACGGGAAGUGAAAACGGACACCAACAAGAUCGAGGAGUUUCUCGAGGACCACCUCUGCCCUCCGAAGUACCCUCGCCUGGCUGCUCGUAACCCCGAGUCCAACACCGCUGGCAUGGACGUCUUCUCUAAAUUCUCCGCCUACAUCAAGAACUCCAACCCUGGCAUGAACGACACCCUGGAGAAAGGCCUGGUGAAGGCUCUGAAGAAGCUGGACGAGUACCUCAGCUCUCCUCUACCUGACGAGAUUGACGAGAACAGCGCCGAUGACGUCACCACAUCGUCCCGCCCCUUCCUGGACGGUCAGGAACUCACGCUGGCCGACUGUAACCUUCUGCCCAAGUUACAUAUCGUCAAGGUGGUGUGUCAGAAGUUCCGUGAUUUCUCCAUCCCUCGCACUCUGACGUCGCUAUGGCGAUACCUGGAUGCCGCGUACGCGCGUGAGGAAUUCUCCUCCACCUGUCCGAGUGACCCCGAGAUCCACAUCGCUUACUCGUCUGUCGUCAAAGCUCUCAAAUAAAAACACACACACACACACACACAUGAGUUUUGUAUAUAAACACACACACACGGUUUAUUGUCUGUUUGCAUUUUUAGUAGUUGUUAAAGAGACGGUUCAAAAUUCACGUUUGCUCAUUAAUUCAAAAAAUCCUUUUAGAAGCCACGCCCCCUAAAACCCAUCUCCACUCAUGUGAUCGUUGAACGCUUUCGGAAGGUUGUCUUUUUUUUUCUUUCCGAACCGUCCCUUCAACAAGCGUCUCAUGAGGGAAAUCAAACUCAUUAGGGAGCAUGCUAGUCGCGCAAUACACACCUACCUUUACUUUCUGUUCUGGUUUUCUUUUCUUUUUCACACACUUGUGCUUUCAUUCACAACAUUGAAGGAUGUGUCAACCGCCGCAUCAGCUCAUCACACCUCAUACACACUAACACCGUAUCUCAAGAUUUCAUGCUUAGCUUAACACACGGAUUUUAAACAGCUGAAAAUAGUAUUCAUUAAGGGACGGGGCUUAAGUUAUAAACUCAAACUUGAUCAUGUGACGGCCGCAUUGGUCUGUAAUUCAUACUGCAAAAUGAAGACUUUAAACAGCAUCGAUUGUUCGCUAAAUUAGCAUCAUGCGGUUAUCGCUGUAGACGCUAAUCUAGCUUCGUUUAUCUUUUCAGUGAAGUGCAGCUGAAAGAAACGUGUGUGUGUGCAGUUACUCUCAGGAUGUCGUCAGUCCACGCUCCAUCUCUGUUCCUCUUUCGGAAACGAAUCCCCCCGCCCCACCACCACCACACGACCGUUUGCUCAGCGCGGCGUAGUGAUAAAGCAAGCAUGAGCAUGACAAAUAUUGCAUUUGAAAACCACACACUCAGAACAGGAUCUGUUUCUCAGCCCGUGUGUACUAGUGCACCAAAGUGUGAGAAAGAACGAGGCGCAAACUACUUCAUUUUUAAAAAGCACAGUAUUUUCAGGUCACACACACAAACACAUAUGCAAGUCUGUUGUUGUACACACAGGCACAGUGACCUGUUGUGUUCUGGAGACACCACAAUGUGUGGUGUCACAUUUCUCUUUCACACAGGACACAGCCUGGGACUGAGUUUCAGACGGAGGUUGUGGGUGUUAGAAACACACACACACACACAACAUGCCUAGAUAUGUUGAACCUUGGAACUUUAGUUUGAACCAGGAUGAAGAUUUUCAAGCAGGAAUGUCAAAUACUAAAACACACACACACCCUCAAACUAUUUUUUCAACAUAGAUAAAUAGAAAAGGAGAAUAACACACAAUAAAUAAAUGCUGCUACCUGUGAGUCAUUUGCCCCGCCCAUGUUUUUUUUUUAGACCUGCCCUACAAACCAUGCUUUUAUGAAUGAUUUUAUAAUUCUAUAUUUAUUCUCUUAUUCGUCUGUACUUAGCCGCAAAAACCUCUAAAACAGGUCUUUUUUUCAAGAUUCAAAAACACAAUAGAAAGUAUUUUUUUACAUUUUACAAAUCAGAAUAUUUCAGUAUUUUACUAUAAAUAAAGAAAACGGAAGUCAAGGCGUCUGAGAUUAAAGCUUCACUCGUUAAGUAUGCUGUGUUUGUGCAUUAAGUUUCUAAACUACGACGCAGAGACGCAGAUUUCCUGUAAAAGAAAGAAGUGUGAUUGUCCUCAGCGGCGAGAGGAAAACCCCCUCCUCUUCCUCCUCCUCGACCGGCCCCUCAGUCUAUAACCUCGCUGUCCUUUUUUUCUUCUUCCUCUUCCUCCGCCUCUCCAUCUUCUCGCACUUCCUUCUGCUCUCUCAUUUCCUUCCUCUUUCUGCUGGGUGUGUACAAGCUGAUAAUCACCGCUGCACCAUCUGGUUAGAACUGGUUAAAGCUUAUUCAAAUACUUAGGUCUGCUGUCUUCUGUAUGCUUUUUUUUUUUUAAAUAAGUGUAAGUACAUGGUGCAUAAUAAAGAACGUGAAAGGUCGA